AUGGAGAAGGAAGCCACGGCGCCUGUAGAGGAAAAGGCCUCGGAUGAGGAGGAGAUCCUGCGCUACGAGCAGAACAUCACGGAACUGCUGCUUACCAUCGCCAAGCUCCACGGCAAAAUCGAACACCUGCAGCACCAGAAGGCCAGAGAGGAUGAGGACUUUUCUGACCUAGGUUCAGAAUACACGGCGAGCCUCCCCCGAUGCCCUCGGCCUUUCCAAAACUUGGUCAUGGCCCUUCCGCCUCCAGUCCACACUGAGGAAGGCCACGCUGACCUCUUCAUUGAUGUCCACAAAGCCAUGACUUCUCUUGAGAAUACUGUUUUGACCCACCGGAGCCGUAUCCCAAGCGCAGAACCCAACCUGGAGGGAUACGCCCAGGCGGCUGAGAGCCUGGAACAAAGUCUACAGGAGUUCCAAGGAGAUGACAAAGAGCUGCUGACCCAGCUGUAUGGUAAAGCAGAGGCAUCGGCAGCUGGACUCCCACCGGACGAGAUGAGCAGGCAAAAGAGAGAAAUCGCCCUGCAUGAGCAGAGGAACGCGGCCCUAAGGGUAGCUCUGGAAGGGAAGGACGAGGCACUCCGCCGGUCAAAGACCGCCCUCUGCACAUAUCAAGAAGAGCGGGAUAAGCUUCAGAGAAAGGUCAAGGAGUUGCAGGGCGCUCUCUGUACGAUUGAGAACUUUGAAGAUGGAUUCGCCAGCCCUACUAGGGCAGGAGAGCUGAGGGGGUUUCGGGACCCAGUAGCUGUGGCCCAGAACUUGAUCCGCUGCUUUCAGGGUGCCCCCAGCACCCACCCCCUCUGCUGCCUCUUCCCCCAGCAGGGCCCACAGCCCAUGGAGAGCCACACAAAAGACAUGGAAGCUCAAAUCCAGCAGCUCCGUGGGUUCAUUGAGAAACUGAAAGGACUCAACCUGCUCCUUUCGGCCACGCUGCAGGAAUGCAAGAGUGACUCGGAACGCCUCAGCAUGCUGCUCGGCCGCCGAGAGUCCGAUACCACCGCCCUCCGCUUGGCUGUGCAGUACAGUGAACAGUGCUUGGAGGCCUAUGAGGUUCUCUGGUCACUGGCCGCAGCACAGCGGCAUCCCUGGAAGGAGUCAGCAGAGGAUGGAGAUGUCCCCGGAAGAGAUGACAAAGAAUCUCAAAUCAUUUUCAGAAUGGCGCGCCUCUAUGAAAUGAUCGACCACCGGCGCUGUGGUGACCCUGGUGGCGUCUGUCAUGAGAUGGAGGUGGCUGUGAUGAACGAAGCUUUAAGGUCUUGGGAACGAUGCAGCGUGGACAGUGAGGGGUCCGGCUGUGCCGACUUCAAGCAGAGCUCCACAGAGCCAAGUGGUUUGGCGAAGGACAGAAGGGAGGUUUUGCAAGAGUAUAUCCGGCGCCUGAAGGCCGAACAGGGCUCCCUGAAGCUGCCCACACAGCGGACUCUGCCUGGGGCUGACUCUGUGGCGGCCAGAAUCAAUGCAGGGAUCGGAGUCAAAGCAGCAGAGGUGCAGAGAGCUUUGUGUGGCAUUCUUCCCGCAGAGGAUGCAAGUCCCAAGAUGGAGAAGUUGCAACUGGUGCAAGAACUGCAGAUGACCAAGGAAACUUUGGCUGACUUAAACAUCAAGCUGCACUUAACGGAGAAGGAGAAGCAGGGCCUGGAGCUCCGGACAUACACCCUGAAGGCCCAAGAGGCCGCUUGCUUGUUGAUCAUCCAGAUUCUUCAAGGGUACCGUGAGACGAGUCGGGGGCAGCUGUCUGGAUCUUCCGACAGCAGCAGCAGUAGUGAUGAAGAGAGUGACCUAAGGGACUACGUUCCCACCUGUACCUCCAAAGGGACUCAUUUCCGUUCAGCUCAGGACGCUGGCGGAAGGCAACCUGCUACAGACCCCGAGGCGCAGAUGGUGGAACUUCUCGAUGCUUUGGCUCGGAACAGGGGACUGAAUGGUCGGAUCCAGUCCCUUCUUGGCCAGCUGGAGGAGAAACUCGAAGACUGCCGGGCCCAGGAGGUACAACCGAUGGAGCUCGCGAGGGAUUUUUUCAAAGCACACAGUGCCCUGGUCCUUGCCUACCGGAACGCCCGCAGGAAACAGGAAGCCCAGGUGCGCCAACUGGAGACGCAGGUCGGCUUGAUGAGUCAUCGGCAGGCAGGGCAGCUGCAGUCGCUGAUGCGCACCCUCAAGCUGUUGGAGGACAGAGCGGAUGGCGGGGACCCCAAGCCAAGGUUGGUGUCUGCGGAGGAGACGCCCAGCCCUGGGAGAGAGGAUUACAGCACUGGAAUGCGCCAUGCGACGGAUGCUCACCUCAAUGUGAAGUAA